AAAGGUCUUGUUUAACAUUUCAAGAAUGUUUAUUGCUUAUCACAUAUGCCCGUCGUAAAUUCAUCCACGCACGUUUUCUUUCUUCAAUUUUGUUUUUUGUAGUUCGAUUUAAAAAUAGAUUUUUUUGAUCCAUUAUUCUCCGUUGAGUGAACAUUGUACACCUAGAAUUACGAUUGUUUCGGUGUCGGAAAAUGUUCAAGUGCCUGAAAGAGUAUCAAACUUACACCAAGUACAGAAGUUUAUAUCGAUCGAUCAGCAACCAAAACAAUAUUCCAAAAAGUGCUGAUGUCGUUAUUAUCGGUGGUGGAAGUGCUGGUUGUUAUACACUGUAUCAUUUAGCCAAGCAAGGAGUGAAUUGUAUUUUGUUGGAACGAUUUAAAUUAACAUGUGGAACAACAUGGCAUACGAAUGGCCUGAUGUGGAGGAUUCGACCGAAUGAUGUUGAUAUUCAAUUGUUAAAUCGGUCUCGAGACACAAUCUUAGAUAUUCAGGAAAACACUGAAUAUGAUCCCGGAUGGAUUCAGAAUGGAGGCAUAUUUAUUGCCCGUACAAAGAAACGAAUGGAUGAAUAUAUUCGUCUCUCGACCAUUGCCAAGGUUUUCAAUAUUGAACAUUCAAUGUUAUCGACAGAGGAAACAUUGAAAAUAUUUCCAUUGCUAAAUCCUAACACGUUUGUCGGCUCUCUACAUUCACCAGGAGAUGGAAUUAUUGAUCCAACUAUGCUGUGUAAUGCUUUAACCAAACUAGCGAUACAAAGCGGAAAGGCUCAGGUAAUUGAAAAUUGUGCGGUAAAAGGUAUCAAAGUCGAUCAAAACGAUCGAGGCGUGAAACGCAUUAUUGGCGUGGAAACUGACCUCGGAGUAAUAAAUACAACUGCGGUGGUAAAUGCAACAGGAGUUUGGGGACGCGACCUAAUCGAACCACAUGGAAUCACACUACCGUUAGUUCCUAUGAAACAUUCGUAUAUUGUUACUGAGUCAAUUAAAGGAAUUCGUGGGCUACCGAAUAUACGGGAUCAUGAUGCGUCUAUAGCUCUUCGCAUUCAAGGCGAAACUGUCUGUUUAGGUGGCUACGAAAAAAAUCCGAUUAUUUUGGAUCACGUCGAAAAUGAUUCGAGUUUCUCGCUGUACGAUUUGGACUGGGAAACAUUCGAUUCGCAUGUCGACGGAGCGAUUGAAUUGUUGCCUGCAUUCGGUUCAGUUGGAAUAAAAUGUACUGUUUGUGGUCCGGAGUCUUUUACUCCUGACCAUAAGCCAUUAUUAGGACCCGACCCGAGAUUAAUUGGCUUAUUUCAUAAUUGUGGCUACAAUUCAGCUGGAAUGAUGUUCGGAGGAGGUUGCGGCGAACAAUUAGCUAAAUGGAUUGUGAGUGGUCGCCCAGAGUUUCACAUGUUCAAUUUCGAUGUUAGGCGCUACACGGCAAAUCAAUUGUCCAAUAAGAAAUGGGCUAUCGAACGUAGCCACGAAAGCUAUGCCGAAAAUUAUGCCAUGGUUUUUCGAAACGCUCAAUGUCUGGCCGGGAGAAAUUUCAAAACAGAUGCAUUGCAAGAGACACUGACGACGAAUGGAGCUGUAAUGGAAGAGUGCCACGGCUAUGAACGACCGGCGUUUUUCAUCGAAGACCAAGUACCGGUACAGCCAUACGAUUGGUAUGGAUUUUAUGGAAAUGAAUUGAAUGUUGACCAUAAGUACAAGCAAAUUUUGAAGGGAGAUGAAAAGUAUGAAUUCUCGGAUCACUACGACUUGAUUAGAAGAGAGGCGUUGAGUUGUCGUGAAACUGCCGCCGUAUUUAAUCUGAGCUCGUUUGCUAAAUUUUUCAUCUACGGACCCGAAGCAAGAGAGGCUCUUCAAUGGAUCUGUACUGCAGAUGUUGAUAAACCAAUUAACUCAGUCGUUUAUUCGUGCGCAUUGAAUGAGCGAGGCGGAGUAGAAAGCGAUUUUACCGUGACCAUUUUAGAUGUUGGAAAUGGAAGUGUAAUCCAUCCAAGCUAUGAAGGAAAAGCUUAUUACGUAGUUGCGGGAGGUUCAUCUGGCACGUAUCUGUCGCACAUCAAAAACGAUAUUUCAAAGUUUAAUGUUGACGUCCACGAUGCAACCGAUGAGAUUGGUAUCAUUUCUAUUCAAGGACCGAAUAGCCGCAAAAUUGUAGAAAUAUUCUCAGGACUUGAUUUAGGUGAUGGAAAUUUACCACCGUAUACAAGCAAAGAGCUUGCUGUUAAAGUUCCAGAGUUCCAAGAAAAUUUUUCAACUAGACUAUCCAGUAUUGGAUUUGUAGGGGAACAUGGUUACGAGUUCCAUGUGGAACGAAAGAAUUGCGUUUCACUCUAUAACGACAUUAUGACCAUCGGUUCUCAGUAUGGAUUGAAAAAUGCAGGCUUCCGUGCAUUGCGUUCUCUUAGCUGCGAAAGGGGUUAUCACGCCUGGGGCUACGACUUACGGUCAGACGACACUCCAAUCGAAUCGAAUUUGGAAGCAAUCUGCCGACAAAAUGGACCAUACAAAGGCAGCAAUAUUGUUGAUAAGCAGCGUGCUGAAGGUGUUUUCAAACGAUUAGUUUAUUUAACCAUUGACGAGAAGAUACCACUGUGGGGCCUGGAAGGGGUGUUUCGGAAUGGCAAAUGCGUUGGACAUUUACGACUAGGUGAAUUCGGAUAUUCUAUAAAUAAAUCAAUUGGAAAGUCGUACAUUUCGUGUGCGAAGGGAAAUUGGAUCGAUAAUGAAUAUUUAAGUAAUGGACAAUAUGAAAUUGAUGUGCUAGGACAACGCUACGGAGCAAAAUUACAUUUAAUUUCACCAUUUCUUGGUAGCUAGUGCUUUGUGAAGAAGAAUAAAAACGAUUUGAUUGUAGAU